AAUACAAAACUCUUCCUCCUUCUUCUUCAUCUUCGUCACCGUUUGUGUUGGCUUUUGGUGUUGAAGAAGUAAACGCAAAUUGAAAUGGAAGGAAACAAAGAGCAGAUUGUGGAUGUUGGAUCAGUGGUUGAAUCCGUUUCUGCUGAAGACGGGGCCCCUCUUUACCAACUCGAAAGCCUCUGCAUGCGUUGUCAUCAAAAUGGGACUACAAGACUUCUAUUGACUAUAAUUCCAAAUUUCAGAAAGAUUUUGUUGUCGGCUUUCGAUUGUCCUCAUUGUGGUGAGAGGAACAAUGAAGUUCAGUUUGCUGGCGAAAUUCAACCGUGUGGUUGUUGUUACUCUUUGGAGAUCCCAUCAGGCAAACAGAAGAUGCUCAACCGGCAAGUGGUAAAAUCAGAAUCUGCGACCAUUAAGAUACCUGAAUUGGAAUUUGAGAUACCACCAGAGGCUCAACGUGGUAGUCUGUCAACGGUGGAGGGGGUACUAACGCGAGCUGCUGAUGGACUUCAGGCCCUUCAAGAAGAACGCAGAAAAGUGGCUCCAGAGACAGCUGAAGCACUCGAUCAAUUCUUGGUGAAAUUGCGAGCUUGUGCAGCAGGAGAAUCAUCCUUCACAUUUAUUGUUGAUGAUCCUGCGGGAAACAGCUUCAUUGAAAACCCGCCUGUUAUAGCAUCCCAGUUGCUAUUGGUGGAUGAAGUUAUUCGUGCUGGACGUAACAUGCGGAAGCCAACUUAGAUGUUCUUUCUUGCCUGGAGCUUCUCUUUCGAACAGGGCUUGCGUUCAACUUCCUAUAUUUCGUGGUGUCAGAAAUUGUUGUGACUCGCUACUUUUAAUCGAGAGCUUACCUUAAAAGUGAAGCAUGGGUUUUGUUUCUUUUUUCCUUUUUUUUUUCUUUUUGCUUUCUCAAAUGCUGUGUAAUCUAAGUCCACUAUGACUGAAUUUUGGGCCAUUACUACUUUAGGAAUUUAUAAGCAUGAUUUAUUUUCUAGAUCUAGUUGAAAGUUUGUUUUACCUUGCUAUAGAUGGCUUUACUGAAAAUUUGGUUUUUGAUAGAGCAUGCUUACAUCCGUUUAUUUGAUCCCAUAUAGUAGGAUAUGACAUGGUUGUUGUUGCUGAUGCUACUAAAUGCAAGUAUACUAUUGGUCCUAAUACACCUUCUUUUUGGUGUUUAAAGAGUGGAGUUAAUUGACCCAUAAUUACUUGUAACUGUAAGAGAGGAAGAAUAGUUGCAUUAUCGAAGUAUAAUAGUCUUGAUAUUUGUGUGUUAAUUUUGCUUUGCUUUAAUGUUUUCUUCUUUCCGGUUGCUACUUGCUAGUCUUAUGCUGAGUUAUUUUCCUGCUUCUUGUUAUUUAUUUAUUUUCUUUUGGGGUAGAAGAACUUCUACAUAUCCUCUGGUACUCUAUUGUCUUGUGGUUUUUCUUUAAUUCUAGUCCUGCUGUAUGCAUCUUCUAUUGUGAUAUGUAUAAACAAAAUCUUGGUGUACUAUGUAUUGUCAGCCUAACCAUACAAUACCACCUUAGAUUUAGUAUUAUGCAUGAAGCUAGGUUUAAAAUUUAUAUGUUUAAUCGAUGUUGAUUUAAAGUGAUUUUAAAUAUUUGGCUCUAUCAUAAGUUUACUUAAAGGCUACCUUGCUUAUAUGUUUGAUU